GCCGACUACCUACAUUCGAUUGCCCAGACGAUGGUCAUUUCGACAGCCUUGCCCGAUGAAGGAGGACCGUCGGGGCAAACAUCCGGCAGGAGAGGAUCAAGAAGGAUGAGUAAUUUAGGACUAGGAAUAGCCGAAGGCAGCAACUCCAACAACAACAGCAACACAAAUGAUGGAACCGCACAAAGGUCCGUCUCGAUAGCCAAUGAUAUGGACGAAGAAGCUCUAGAUGAAAUCAGAAGGUAUGAGAGCUUCUCAACUGUGGACUGGAUCACAGACAGCAUGCGUGAAAGGGCAAGAGCGUCACGAAAAGGUACACACAAGAACACUUCUUCAAAUGCACACCUUGCAAAUGGUAAUUCUAAUGGAGGCUUUGGACAGAUGGACGCUUGGGGAAAAGGGCGUUUUGAACCGGGAGACAGACCACCUCGAUGGUGGCCAACAGAAAAUCCCUGGGGCAGAAGGCUAUGGUGGUUUUGGCGUUUCAUAUGCAGAGCGGCAGGAGCAGUGACCGAUAGUGGUGUGGUGGUAAUGGUGGGAUUGUUGAUCGGUGUGAAUAUGGCAGUGAUCAGUAUCGCAACCGAAUGGUUUUCAGACAUCAAACAAGGGCGUUGUGCUGCUGGUUGGUGGUUGAAUAAGAAAUUUUGUUGCGGAGAAAUGACGGAUACAACUGGACCUGGAGGUGCACUACCGCCAGUAGCUAUCAAAGUAUCAACAGCAGCGGCAGCAGCAGCAGUGAAUAAAGUUACAGUAACAGCAUCAAGUCUAGCCCAUGCACGCGAUCACAUCCAGGCCUUUCCGGCUUUCACAGCAGCAACUCAACUAUCUUCUCGAGCCAUACCCUAUGUUCAAUCAGCAGCCGACCAGCUUUAUGGAAGAGCAGCCAACAAUACUUCUUCGACUACUCCCACAAGUUCAGCUGCAGAUAUUUGCGAAGAUUGGAUACCCUGGAGCACAUGGACAUUGCCUUCAUUCGUCAUCUACAUCAUGUUCGCAGUUGCUCUUUCUGCUGCAUGUGCAUAUCUUGUUCGUGUCUUUGCACCAUAUGCUGCAGGAAGUGGAAUUAGUGAAAUCAAGUGCAUUCUUGCUGGAUUUAUCAUCAAUGGAUUCUUAGGAACGGGAACUUUUGCAAUCAAAAGCUUAAGCUUGCCGCUAGCAAUUUCAUCUGGGUUGAGCGUUGGUAAAGAAGGACCUGCUGUGCAUAUCGCAUGUUGCAUAGGCAAUAUCGUUGGAACGUGGUUCAGAAGUUUUGCUCGAAGUCAAGCCAGGAUGCGUGAAUUGCUCACCGCUGCCAGUGCUGCUGGUGUGGCCGUUGCUUUUGGUUCUCCAAUCGGAGGUGUGUUAUUCUCCCUCGAGGAGAUGGCAUACAAUUUCCCUUCUUCGACUAUGUGGCGCAGUUUCUUGUGCGCUUUGGCAGCAACCGUAGCGCUUUCGUUCAUGAAUCCUUUUAGGACGGGGAAAUUGGUUUUAUUCCAAGUCUCUUACGAUCGUGAUUGGCAUUAUUUCGAAAUAUUCUUUUAUGUGAUCAUUGGUAUCUUUGGCGGAUUGUAUGGCGCUUUUGUUAUCAAAUACAACCUACAAGUUCAAAAGUUUCGAAGGGAGAAUUUGGCAAGCCAUGGUGUAUCAGAAGCAGUGAUCUUGGCGGCAAUUACUGCCUUGAUAGGGUAUUGGAACAUGUUCUUGCGUAUCGAUAUGUCUGAAUCACUCGAAAUUUUAUUCCGCGAAUGUGAAGGAGGUGGUGAUUACGAUAAUCUGUGUCAGUCAUCUGCACAAUGGCGAAUGGUGAAUUCUUUGCUAUUAGCAACGGUUUUGCGGGUUGCAUUGGUGAUUCUAUCGUAUGGUUGUAAAGUACCUGCAGGUAUUUUCGUUCCAUCUAUGGCAAUUGGAGCAACGUUUGGAAGAAUGAUUGGAAUUCUGGUCAAAUCUUUACAAACAUCUUAUCCGCAAGCUUCUUUCUUUUCGGCUUGUCAGCCUGAUGUCCCAUGUAUCACGCCUGGAACCUAUGCUUUCUUGGGCGCAGCAGCAGCUUUGGCAGGUGUGACUAGGAUUACUGUGGCAGUGGUGGUGAUCAUGUUUGAAUUGACAGGUGCACUGACGUACAUCUUACCGACAAUGUUGGUGGUCAUGAUUACAAAAGGAAUAGCAGAUUGGUACGCAAAAGGUGGAAUCGCCGAACAAACGAUUAAAUUUCAAGGCUAUCCAUUCUUGGACAAGGACGAUCACGUUUUCAAUCUCAAAGUGGGCGAUGUGAUGACAAAAGAUGCAGUUGUUUUGAACGCUGAAGGGAUGGAAUUGCAUGAAGUAGAGAAGAGAUUGGCUUCUGGAGUUUACAAAGGAUUUCCAAUCGUACAAAAUGCACAAAAUCGUAUUCUUCUUGGCUAUAUCGGAAAGACGGAAUUGAGAUAUGCGAUUGGGAAAGCACGUCAUGCACGGAAUAGCUUGAGCCCAAAGACGAUGUGUUAUUUCACCUUGAACCAAAACGAAACCAUUCCCAAUGCACCACCAACGCCGGCGCUCAAUACGUUCGAUGAUCAAGAAGAGUUAGCGGCAGCCAAAGCACUGCGAAGAGCGCCCAGAGAGAAUGACACUCUCCUAUCAGAUGAUGAAGAUGAAGACAAUGAGGAUGAAGACGGGCUAGAGGGAGGCGAUGAUGCAUUAUUGGGAACAGCAGGCGGUGGUAUCAACGGUGAAGGUGAUAAUGACGAACUCGAGCUGGGCAAAUGGGUGGAACAGAACCCAUUACAAGUACAACCAACAAUGCCGUUGGAAGUUGUGAUGGAUUUGUUCAAGAAGAUGGGUCCUCGUGUGAUUUUGGUUACGCAUUUAGGAAAGUUGACGGGAUUGGUAACGGUAAAGGACUUACUCAAAGUUAUCGCAACACAAGAACGCGCUGAAUAUUUGGCACAUGAAGCAGCAAGAGAAUCUGUCGGUUUGCGAACUGUGUCUGCGUCAUCAUUCAUGCCUUUGCCUGGAGGAUUGAGCAUGUCGCGUAGCUCUUCAUCUUCUGGAGCUCGGGCGGGAGCCACCUCUGGUGUCUCAAUGGAAACGCUGGGAGACUUUGGCGGAGAAUUGGAGAUACUCUUGCGCGAUGCAUGGUUAUGGACGAAGACGAGAACGGAUCAAUUGGCUUCUCGUGUUUGGCCGAGCAGGUAUGCCACGAGCAAUGGUGGAAGAUCGAAUAGCGCUGGUUAUGCGAUGCAAAUGCGACAAUCAACCUCGGGCGACUUGAAUGAUUCUACACAAUUCAUCGUACAAGAGGGCAGUGAUGAUGAAGAUGAUCAGGUUACGCCUAGAAUGCCAACCAGACCUCUGCAUUGAUUUCUUGUAACACACGUCACCCUCCUUUGUAUAAUACAGAUAGAUUAAUGCCCGUUUGAAGACGAACAAUGAGAUAGCGCUCAUUCUUUUGCUGU